UCAAAGUUUUGACAGCUCUGAAGGAAAAUUUUUGGAGUCGAGCAUAAAUUUUACUCAAAUUUUCUUUCAAAACCUUCCUAAAAUGGAGUGAAUUUGUGAUUGUCAGGUUCAGUACAUGUCUGUGUAACGUUUUACAUUGAAAAUCGGCAGAUCUGUGUCCGCACUAUUGUGUCCGGACGAAUUCCAGUUUUUGCCCUUUCAUCGCAACCAAGCAGGCAAGCAAACGAACGACAGUCGUCACACACGAUUAUUCUGCUGAAUUGCGGAGGAAGAGCAGGUAUAAAUAUUUGGCGCAAUUUAUAGUUAUUCGACUUUUGAUUAACUAAAUAAAACCGGUGGCCAUGUCCUGCCAGCAGGCUUCACGUGUACAAGAAGACCCAUAUGCUUUUACGGAACCGGCUCCUCUGCAAGCAAAUACUUCAAUUUACAAACAUCCGCAUCCAAAUAGUAGUAAUGCGUGUUCCGGUGUAACUCCAACGGUAAUACAAGCAGGAACCAGUUUGCUUACCAGCAACAACGGUGUCAGUCAUGUGGUGCAGCAACGGGUUUCGACCGGAUCGUCAAAAGUGACACCCCUUAAAGUAACUCUUGUACAGUCACCAUCAAUGACACUAGCAAAAAAUCGUUUCAAUGGCGCAUCUGUUGCGGGUAAUCCGACUGGAACAGUUUUCCGCACCGUUUCAGUAUCUGUACCGCAAGCCACAACCAUAAUGCAAAGACCAGUGGCAAGCGCGGUCUCUGCUCAGACAAUAAUGACUACAUCUGCGAUCGCAACUGCUAAACCUGCACCCACAACAGUAUUUACGAAACCGUUUCAGGUUCAGAUUUCACCCCAGCAGAUAGGAAAAUUUUCCCGGCGUAUUUUAGCUAGCAAGUCGCCUAACAUUUCACCGGUUGGCUCAACAAUUCAAACGCUUCGAAUAGUAAAAAGUGCAAGUCCACAGCAGCAACAGCAGCCCAUUGGUGGAAGACCUACUAUAACACCAGAUGCAAGAAGAUAUCUCAAUCAUUCCAAUAACAGCAUCUUGGGUAGUCCUAUAACGAUACCAGCAACUCCUGCAGUUAUCACUGCAAAAGCUGCAGGACAAACUGUCUCUGUUCCGAUUCAGGCGAUUUCACCGACAAAAAUUCGCUUGAUUCAGCCACAGUCCCAAGGAAAAAUUUUUCUUCAUACCCCCAAUAGUACCAACAGUUUGGCAGCCGCCACACAUAUUUCUAACCCGGUUAGCAUAGCAGCCCUUAGAAACUCUUUAGUGAAGCAGAAUCCUUCUCUAAUAAAUAAAAUUCCGCAAACGGUUGCUUCAUCGCAAGCAGCUACUACUUUACAAGCGAGCAAUACCACAAUUCUUCCAGCGUUUAAAGCGUCACCGAUAACUACAACAUCCAAACCAGCGGUAAUUAGUAUCCGUCGAACUUCACCACCAACUGCAAACCGGCCAAUCGCGCAGCCAUCAGCUACUAUAGUUAGCUCGGCUGUAUCUGCUCCGGUAGCAGUGGCCACCCAAUCACCGGUUAUCACUUCAACAAUUUUGACAACGCCGGCAAGAACGCUCAUUUCAAACACACCAACUGUACAGCCAAUAGCGCGGUCUAAAACGCCGACAUCCAUUUUGAAACCUCAAGUUCAACAACAGCAACAGUCACAAGUCCAAAAAGCGCCACCAAUUUCACAAGAUGAUAUUGGUUUUACAAUUCCUUCAUUCGUAAUUCCAAAACAAGUUCCCAAAGUGGAACUUCCAACUGCUGCUAAGCCUAUACAGCCAACCAUGCCGAUCCCAGUGGUGGCUCCAAGCUCGUCCGCUGACAGCAGCAUUCCGUCCGCUGAAACGAAACAAUCUACAAAGUCCAAUAAAUCCAGCCAAUCACAACCACAAGGAGCUAAGCGUACUAAACGAUCAUACAGUCGUUCUUCGCAUCAUGAAACCCUUGAGAGGAUAUCUACUCCGGCAAAACGAGCAACCAAAGGGGACCAUAACGAGUCUGGCGCUGAUUGCGGUAAGCCUGUACCGGCUGUUCGGUUUCCUAAAUGGAAACCACCGGGUGCUAUCGCAAUCCCUUUGAACCGUGAAUGGCACGCUCCUGGAUCCUACAUAUAUGAUAUCGGUACGCCUGGUUUGACUUCCCCGGCCUCGAUUGGUCACUCUGAUCUAACUCAACAGUACUGGUUCGAAGAAAUGUACGCAAGUAACGAGCUGGACGCAGCUGAGGCAGCGACCCCACUGGGUAUGAGAUCUCGCAAGAGGCGGAAGGCAGUGGUUAACGAGGAAGCUCAGAAUAAAUUACUUUGGAGUACUACCGAUGCAGAGAGCGAUCUAAAACCGCUUAGCCGUGAUGAGCGGCUGGAGCUUAAAAGAGCGUACCUUCGACGAAAGGCGGUACAAUACUGGAACGCACAACAACUACGUAGGGCAACACCGGCCCGAAAGCGUCUCAAACUAGUGCGAAAAAUGCUUGCCCAAUGGGAUGAACAGCGGGAAGCUACCUUGAAAAAGAAUGGGAAUGCUGAGCAGUCCAUUUGCCAACGGCCAGAAUGCAAUCAAGUGGCACUGUUAGCAACAACUCACUGCUAUCAGCAUAUUACAGACAACCAUGAGCAGCGCCUAUUUCAGCAAUGUACGGCCAAGUUUUCCGAUAAUAGCCAGUGUCGAGUACCGGUAUUCGACAUUAACCAUGAAUUGAUUUUGUGCCGAGAGCACGCAUGGAAGCAUGAUAACCACGACAAGAUGUCGGCAGAGGUAAAAUUGCUGAAAAAACCCCCGGCAAGCACUGCAGCCAAAAAGAAAAUGCCGAAGCUCCCAUCGGUUUCGUCACCGGUUGUUAUGAGAGUUGCACCGGCUACAGUGACAUCAACGAAAGCCAACAAGAAGAAAAACAAGAAGAAGUUAACACCUCUUCAGCAGCAGCUGGCUCUGCAUCAGCUACAUUACAAACAACAAUAUUCAAGUAUUAUAAACACAAAACCGACUGUACAGACCCCGGCGUAUGGAAUUACGUCUACCAUCGGUAACGAUCAGAAAAUGCAAUCAAUCCUACCUCGUCAAGGGAGUAAUUCAUUGCAUCAACAACAGCAACAGCAGUUUAAAGUUCAAUCGCAUACAUCUGCACCAGGGGGUUUAAUUCAGACGGUUUCCGCGUCGCAACAAGCAGCGACCGCUCGUAACGUUCACAUUCCCUUGCUGCAGCGUCAAAUUGUCCAACCCUAUCAACAACAACAACAACCAAUCUUAGCUGUUACUCAAACCCACCUUAAUCUUCAUCAACAACAGCAGCAGCAUUUUUCUCAGAAUCGUACAGUUAAUCGAAACGAAAAUAUAAUGUUAAAUUACGCUGCUCAGCAAUCACAGUCCGUACAUCAGAUAUUAGGUAACAGUAGUACGCAAGAUUUGUUGAACAUUUGUGAAAACAGUUCGGCAUAUGCUAGCUCAGAGGAUACUGGUGUGGGUGGUUUAUCAGAAUCAGAACUGAUGGUUGCGCAGGAUGUUAUCGAGGAAAUUCCUUUCGAGAUCGGUAAUCUAAACAACGUACUGAGCCAGCUGCCACCAGACGCAUUUAACGAGUUAUUGUUCAGUGAGCAAGAACAAAGCGCUCCCACUUUUGAAUCCACCCAGGAGGAGGAAGAGGAUUUGGAGCGAGCACUUGAAGUGGUUGGCGAGCACGUCAAGUCUCUCGAAGACAUGACUGUCGAGUCAGCCAACUUUCUAGGGGACUUUUUGGACAACGUGGAUGACGAAAUGCUAGACGGGACGGAUAUCUGUACGGACCAAAUGCUGCAGUCACCAAAUACGAAUGAUAUCCGUGGUUUAGUGCACACGUGAGCAUCAUCGGUUUAGGUAAACCAAUAGUAAUCAUCCAGCACACCAACUGUAUGCAUUCGGUAUACUUUGUGGAAGAAAAGUAACAUUUUUGCUAUCUUGAAAAUAGAAAGGUAGGCCGGGGCGGAUGGGAGAGUUGUACACAGUUUUAAUGAGGGUGUCCUCAAAACAAACCUGUAUAUUAAUAUUAAGUUAAUCGAAUUUAUUCAGCUUCUUGUCUGCUCUUUUUGUGUAAGAUUAUGUAUGUUCAAAGUGAGGCUUAGGUUUUUUUUCGUCAAUAAAAUAUAUAUAUCAACAUUUACAUGCAAAAAAAUAGACGAGAUUCUAGAUUGCGGUUUGCAAUACAACGCUUUAAGUAAAAUUCUACUUAGCUCUUGGUAAGUAAAAGUGACAAAAGAACCUUGUCGGGCACUGAAUACGCUUUGAAACAGGCAAACAAAUAUCGACAAAACGGAUUCUAUGAAUUUGUUUUUCAUUGCACCCAAUGCAGUUUGCUAUUAUUUGUAACUAGAUUAUAAGUUGUACUAAUUUUUGCGCUAUUACAGCCUUUUUUUAUAGGUUCCAUAGAUUCAAGCUGUCAAACAUAUAUUGUUAAUACAACAAUCAUCUCUUCAUUUUAAACACUAAUAACAUUUUUUCGUAUUUAGCGCAACUGGUUUCGUCUUGUGUCUGAUUUUAUCCGAAUUCUGUUAGCAUUGGCUUUAAUAUGUGUUCUAUUUUAUUUACUCCUUAAUUCGUUUUGUAUAGGUUGUCCAGUUUUUUACGCAUCAUAAUGGCGGUCGCUUAAAUGCUUGUUCGUAAUAUGCGAACCUCUCUGCUUACGUCAGUUGUGGAAUUCCUGAAGAAUUAGUGAAACAAAUGUUGGCAGAUCUAGUUUUUUUAAUAAAAUACAUGAAGACUUCAAACUGACGCAAGCAGAGUUGUCAAAAGGGUGAGUAAUUUAUUUCAAACUUUGCAUUAUAGCAUGCGCCAUUAUGGCGCCUAAAAAGCUGGAUAGAUAUUUGGUUACAUUUCUCGCUAAACAUGUGAAAAGGGCCCAUGUGCCAUAUGUAAACAAGCCACAAUUUCACGUUUUUCAAUGAAUACAAGCUUAUUCUACUCGUACAAAUAAGAUUUUUUGAUAAAGAGUGAAUUCUUUUAUCAAUAAAUCUUAUUGGUAAGGGCAGAUUUCGCUUGUAUUGAUCAAAAAACGAGAAAAUUUGGCUUGUUUACAUAUGGCACAUGGGCCCUUUUCACAUGUUUGGCGAGAUUUAACAGAGCAAAAUAAAUAUUGAUUUGAGAUAUUCAUAGCAACAUCAAUUAGCAGAGAGAAGCUAAACUUGAGAUCAACACUUUGAAUAUUGCGCUUCUUCCAUCCUACGAAAUUUCAUGGAGGAUGUUUGCAUCACAACAGCAUGAGUAAAGGCCUAAACACAAUGGAUACGUUUGCGUUGCGUUGACGUUGAUUUGACAGAAAAUGUAUGGGAUAACUGUAAAAUUGCCGCAAACGCAGCCGCAACGUAUCCAUUGUGUUAAGACCUUAGGUGUUUUCACAGGUGACGCACUGGAUUUUCUGUGUCUUGUGCCUUUGAAAAUUCGAAGUCGGCCAAUUGUGGUUUCUUUACAGCUCCAUCAUAAAAUUUUCAGUCGUCAAUUACAAUGAGAAGGUGGAUUCUAUUUAGGAAUGAUUUCUAUUCCAAAAAAAAAACAGGAAUUACCGGAAUUAAGUUGUUCAAUUGAAUGUAUUGUAGAUGAACCAAUGCUGCUUCGGUUUUACCCCAUGGAGUCUACACAGUUUCAUUCUAACUUUUCACAUACAAUCAACCAAUCGCGGGCUGUUUACUGAAAUUAACUUGACAACAAAUUUAUUUUCGUUCGAAGUUUUAAAAUGCAUUGUCAUCGUAUUUGGUAUCUUUGGAGAGCUGCGAAAUGUAAAAAAUCAUAAUAUUUUAACUGAAACGAUACUAAAAAAUACUAGGAAAAGAAUAAAGAGAACCUGGUUAUCAUAUCAUCAUUGAAACGUGGAUGUAAUAAAGUUAUGCAUAGUUAUAAUUAUAAUGCAUCGUAAUUAUUGAAACUUUCACCUCUCUUCUGCAUUAAUCAAAUGUUGAUCGAAACAUCCGGUGCUCCUAGCGGUGCUCUGAGAAUACUGGAAGUGCGAUUUCCGUCAGUUUUUGGAGCUUUUGAUUGUUCGGGCCUCUUAACCUUAACUAAUAGAAAGCGAACGAGCAGCUAUCUUAAAUUUCAUUCGAACGAAAACAAAUGUCAGAAAAGAAUAAUGUAGGAAAGAGUAAUUCGAAUCGAAUUUCAGAAUGGUAAUUUUGAUCAAACCGCUUCUAAUCGAAAUGUAGAAUAAAGGCGAUCAUCUUAUGGUAUGGUAUGCUAUAUAAACAUUUAACAUCUUCGUUUUUUAACAUGGUACACAAUGCUGUUUAAUUGGUGAACAUGUCCAAAAUCAAGUUUAAAUUGCGUGUUUUCUGUAAAAUUUUGGCGGUUUCUUGAAUAUAGGAAAUUAUAGCGCUGGAAUAUUAUUUAUUCAUUUUCUCUUAAAUGUAUCAUCAUUGCUGGACUAACUUGUAUCUCACCAUCUUGCCCUGUAACCAUAUAUGUACAGUAUAUGUAUACAUGAUUAUUAACAUACUAUGCCGAUGCAACUAGUGCUUACUAUAAUGGACGAUGUCUUGUGUGCUAAACCAGCUUCCUACACAGAAACAAACCAAGGGGCAUCGCCACUGAUGUAGAGAUAAAUGGAUAUUAAAAUAUAUUCUAGAAAAUAUUUGCAAAGUGAAGAAGAAACCUUAGAAAAAAAAACAAAUCUAAGAACUCAUACGAGGCAUAUAGCCAAUUUGAGUUGAUAAUUAAGAAUAUUGAACUCGUUUAGAUUUAAAAUAAAACUGUCGUACAGUUUGUGUAAAGAUUCAUAGGUAUGUGUAUAGAGAAGACGUCAUUAACGGUUGCUAAACGUAUUCGUGGUUAUUGUCGCAGUCAAAAUAAACAUGCUCUACAGUCAGUCAGGUGAUAGUAUUAAUCGAAAUCUGCAUGUACCUUCGUAAUACAUAGAUUAUAAACAAUAACAAGCCUCCGAACUAGGCGAAAGCACUAUAAUCCCUUAGAAACUACAUUUCAAAUCAACAGAAAACCGAUUCUCGUUGUUUAGUAGUUAAGAGCAUAAUACAACGCUAGUGUUUUUUACGAUUAUUGCUUGACAUCUGCAAAAAAGAAAACAUUAAAAAAAAAAUAAUUUACGGCAUGUAUUAAAAAAAAGGAAUGCCAAACACUUUAUCUAGCGAAUGAAUCAAUCUCCAAGCAAUCGCUGAUAUUCUAGAAGCUUUAUUAGUUUAGCAUGGCAUCCCGUGCGCGAUAAACGAGAGCAGAUUGAUUACAUAUUCAAAUUAAAUCGCAACAACAUAAUAACAGGAAUAUACUUGCACAACUGCAAUAAACAAACGGAUGAAAGGAGUGAAACAAUAGUGAACAGGUUUACAACAUUAUCGGAGUUAAUUUUUGUAAUAAAACUCAUCUAAAAAUAUCCAA